UAUAUAUAUAUAUAUAUACCUAACGGCCGCCCUUCCCUACACGCAUUCUACUUCAGAAACAAAGCUUCAAGAAGAAGAAAAAGUUGGAAAAUUAGCUCUUUCUUUUGUUAUAAGAGAUUCAGAGGAAAAGAAAAUGGCUGGCCAGGACAAAAGAGAGGCGGCUAACAGCAGCAGCAAGAAAAAGUUUCAGAAAAGCUACUUCGAUGUGUUAGGGCUUUGCUGCUCUUCAGAAGUUCGUUUGAUUGAGAAUAUCCUCAAUUCUCUUGAUGGUGUUAAAGAGUUCUCAGUCAUUGUCCCAACAAGAACAGUGGUGGUUCUCCAUGAUGAUCUCCUCAUUUCUCAGCUUCAAAUUGUUAAGGCCCUGAACCAAGCAAGGCUAGAAGCAAAUGUUAGAGUAAAUGGAGACACAAGCUACCAGAAGAAAUGGCCAAAUCCAUUUGCUGUGGCUAGUGGUGUAUUGCUUUUGGUGUCUUUGUUGAAGUAUGUGUAUUAUCCUCUUCAUUGGGUGGCUCUGGGAGCUGUGGCCGUUGGAAUCCCUCUAAUCUUGUUGAAAGCCAUUGCAUCCAUCAGGAAUUUUAGGUUUGAUACAAACAUUCUUGUUCUCAUUGCAGUGAUGGGGACAAUCGCUAUGCAUGAUUAUAUUGAAGCAGGAACCAUUGUCUUCCUGUUUACUAUUGCAGAAUGGCUUGAGUCAAGAGCAAGCCACAAGGCUAAUGCUGUGAUGUCAUCAUUGAUGAGCAUAGCUCCACAGAAAGCAGUCAUUGCUGAAACUGGAGAAGAAGUGGAUGUUCAUGAGGUAAAAUUAAACACUGUUCUAGCAGUCAAAGCUGGAGAGACUAUACCCAUUGAUGGAAUAGUUGUAGAUGGCAAUUGUGAAGUGGAUGAGAAAUCUUUAACUGGAGAAUCAUUCCCAGUUCCCAAACAAAAGGACUCUACUGUAUGGGCUGGCACUAUCAACCUUAAUGGCUACAUUAGUUUUAAAACUAGUGCUCUAGCUGAAGAUUGUGUGGUAGCUAAAAUGGCAAAACUUGUGGAAGAAGCUCAAAGCAGCAAGUCUAAAACUCAAAGAUUUAUAGACAAAAUUUCUCAGUAUUAUACUCCAGGUGUCAUAAUCAUAUCAGUUAGCUUUGCAGUUGUUCCUUUGGCAUUAAGAGUUCAUAACCGUAAGCAUUGGUUUCGCUUAGCAUUGGUGGUUUUAGUAAGUGCAUGCCCAUGUGCUCUUAUCCUCUCCACACCUGUUGCAACUUUCUGCGCACUUACAAGGGCUGCAACAUCUGGUGUUUUGAUCAAAGGCGGAUCCUAUCUCGAAAUACUUGCUAAGAUCAAGGUAAUGGCUUUCGAUAAGACUGGAACUAUCACAAAAGGUGAAUUUGUCGUCACAGAUUUCCAAUCUCUUUGUGAAGGUGUGAGCAUUGAUACAUUGCUUUAUUGGGUAUCAAGCAUUGAGAGCAAGUCAAGUCAUCCAAUGGCCGCUGCUCUUGUCGACUAUGGAAGGAGUCUUUCAGUAGAGCCAAACCCUGAGAAUGUGGUGGAUUUUCAGAAUUUUCCUGGAGAAGGCAUCUAUGGAAAGAUUGAUGAGAAAGAAAUUUACAUUGGAAAUCGAAAGAUGGCUCUCAGAGCUGGAUGUGGAACAGCUCCAGAGCUAGAAAGUGGGGAAAUGAAGAGAGGAAAGACCAUUGGAUAUGUGUACUCUGGAGCAACCCCCGCUGGAAUUUUCAGCCUCUCUGAUGCCUGUAGGACUGGUGUUGCAGAGGCGAUCGCAGAGCUAAAGUCAUAUGGCAUUAAAACUGCUAUGCUAACAGGAGAUAGUCAAGCAGCAGCAAUGCACGCUCAAGAACAGCUAGGACAUGCUCUUGAAGUAGUCCAUGCAGAACUCCUGCCUGAAGACAAGGCAAGGAUUUUGGAAACAUUUAAGAAGGAAGGACCAACAGCAAUGAUUGGAGAUGGAUUAAAUGAUGCCCCUGCAUUGGCUACAGCUGAUAUUGGUAUCUCAAUGGGAAUUUCAGGUUCAGCACUUGCAACUGAGACAGGACAUGUCAUUCUUAUGUCUAAUGACAUUAGAAAGGUACCUAAAGCAAUCCAGCUUGCAAGAAAAGCUCAUAGGAAAGUAAUCGAGAAUGUCAUUCUCUCAAUAUCUACCAAGUCUGCUAUCCUUGCCUUGGCAUUUGCUGGUCACCCUCUUGUUUGGGCUGCUGUCCUUACUGAUGUCGGCACUUGUCUGCUAGUGAUCUUUAACAGCAUGCUGCUUUUACGGGGAACCCACCAAAAUGGAGGAAAAUGCUGCAAAUCAUUACCUAUGGAAAAUACUAAGAAAUGUGAAAGUGAGCAUUCACCUCAUCAUCAAAAGCCUUGCUGUUCAAACCAAAAGUUUCCAAAAAUGUGUAAACCUCAAGACUUGCAAAUCUGUGCUUUAAUAUGCGAGUCAGAUGACCCAAAUGUGAAAUUAUCAUGUGGGAAUAAUAGGUGCACAGACUCAGCUGACAGGCUGACGAAUGAAAUGAAGCAUUGUGAUCAUGGAAGCUGCAAAGCAGUCGACUUAGAGGAGAACAAUGCACACAAACAUCAUGCUUGUUCAGGCUCUCAAAAUUUGAGCUCGAGUAUGAGACACAACUGUAAAAGUUCAGCAGAAAUGCAAGGCAAAUGUAUAGAAGGAGAUGGACAGCACAAGGGAAAGCAUUCUCUCCAAAGGCAUUAUGAUCAAGUAACUCACCUUUGUACCUCUAACCAUUCUACUGAGAUAAAAGAAGGAACCAACAAUGGUCAUUGCCAUUCCAACCACUAUGAAGAUUAUUUAGAAAACACUAUUGAAUCACACUUCAAUCAUGGGCCUCACAGUCUCAAUCGUGUUAUUACGAAUUGUUGCCACAGCCACAGCAGCCUUCCUUGCUCUACCAUUGAUAUUCAUUCUUAUAUGAGCUUGGAUAAGAGAGAAAUUGGGGGUUGUUGCAAGAGCUAUAUGAAGGAAUGUUGUGGUAAGCAUGGACAAUUUGCAACUGGCUUUGGUGGAGGCUUGUCUGAAAUCAUCACUGAAUAGUAUAUAUAUAUAUAUAUAUAUAUAUAUAUAUAUAGAGCUGAUUAACAUGGAAGAAGAAGAAGAUCUACAAAAUGUUAUUUUAAUUUGUCAGGGAAGAAUUUAGAAAAAUUUUGUGUUAUGAAAAUGGGAUGAACCAAUCCAGAUCAAAUGAAGAUGUUUUGAACGAUUACAAAUGUAUAUACUAAUUUAUAUCAUCAUAUGGUGCAAGUGGGUCAUAAUUGGUUAUAAA